AUGGACGACAAGGAGCUGAUCCAGUACUUUAAGUCUCAGAUGAAAGAAGAUCCCGACAUGGCCUCGGCGGUGGCUGCCAUCCGGACGCUGCUGGAGUUCUUGAAGCGAGAUAAAGGGGAGACGAUCCAGGGCCUGAGAGCGAACCUCACCAGAGCCAUCGAAACCCUGUGCGGCGUGGACUCCUCCGUGGCCGUGUCCUCGGGCGGUGAGCUCUUCCUGCGCUUCAUCAGCCUCGCGUCCCUGGAGUACUCGGAUUACUCCAAGUGUAAGAAGAUCAUGAUCGAGCGGGGAGAGCUUUUCCUCAGGAGGAUAUCGCUGUCGAGAAGGAAAAUCGCAGACCUGUGUCACACUUUCAUCAAAGACGGGGCGCGGAUCCUGACCCACGCCUACUCCAGGGUGGUCCUGCGGGUCCUGGAGGCGGCCGUGGCAGCCAAGAAGCGUUUCAGCGUGUACAUCACCGAGUCGCAGCCGGAUUUGUCCGGGCAAAAAAUGGCCAAAGCGCUGUGCCACCUCAACGUCCCCGUCACCGUGGUCCUGGACGCCGCUGUUGGCUACAUCAUGGAGAAGGCCGACCUCGUCAUCGUGGGCGCCGAGGGGGUCGUGGAGAACGGGGGCAUCAUUAACAAGAUCGGAACCAACCAGAUGGCCGUGUGCGCCAAAGCGCAGAACAAGCCCUUCUACGUGGUCGCCGAGAGUUUCAAGUUCGUCCGGCUCUUCCCCCUGAACCAGCAGGACGUCCCCGACAAGUUUAAGUACAAGGCGGACACGCUGCGGUCCGCGCAGACUGGACAGGACCUCCGAGAGGAGCACCCGUGGGUGGACUACACGCCCCCCUCGCUGAUCACACUGCUGUUCACGGACCUGGGCGUGCUGACGCCCUCGGCCGUCAGCGACGAGCUCAUCAAGCUGUACCUGUGA